CAGCCGGUGAGGGCGGGGCCUGCCUGGGCCUUUGCUGCCUAUCGGUUGGCUUAUACCUGCUGGCUUUGGUUUCGCGUGGGGGAGGGGGGAGGGAGAAGGGGGCGUUCGUUGGUAUGCCUCCUCCUCCUCCUCCUCCUCCUCCUCCCCCCCUCCUCCCGCGGUGACCCGUUCGGAGGCGGUUGGUCGGUUACGACGGGCUCGGGCGCAGUUUCCUGAAGGAACAUCCAGAAAGGGAGCGCGGCUUUCGCGCAAGCUACUCGAACCGUCAGCUUUUAGCAGUGGUGAAAUAUCAAAAUGAGUCGCCGUCGAAAGUGUGCUCCUCCCAUGAGGAUGAAUGAAGAGAAAAAGAAGCAACUCUGCUGGAAUAUGCAUGAUGACCAGAAAAAUGAUAUGUUAGAUGUUGAUGUCAUGGAUGAAGACCAUCCUGUUGCUGGUACAAGUUCAUCUUCUGCUGUACCUGUUGUGAUAAAUGAUGAUAGUGGGGAUGAAGACUUUACUCACAAAAAAAAGAACACCAAAUCCUCAAAUUUCUCCACAGUCAUAGAUGAAGCAGAAGAUUCUUGUCAUCCAUUGCUAUCUGUAGCCAUACAGCUAAAUAUUUUGAUACUUCCUUAUCAGCCUGAUCCUCCCUGGAAAACUUUGCUUGGAGAAUUUACACUCCAGCUUCUUCCUGAACAACAUUUAAGUAACAAUAUUCAGAAAAAAGGGCUGACCUUGAUGACAGCAGAAUUUAGUGAUCAUCUGCAUCUUCUCGUCCAUGCAAAUGAUAAUAUAAAGGUGGACAAAGGGGAAGAAUCAUUACAGAGUACUUACGACUUAGAUGUUUUAGUUGAAUCAUCUUUAAAUAAUGAAAUUAUGGAAAAUUUAAUGUGGCUGCAGAAGAAAAAAAUAAUUGUACUGUAUCAAAGAUCUGGAGAUACCCAUUCUGUAAAGGUUGGAAUAUAUCUUCUUGAACUUGGCAUAAGUAAGUUAGAAUUCCUUAGCGAUGGUGGGGGAAGAAUAAGAAAGGCCAAUCAACUCCUUCAGAAACUGAUGGAAAAAUUUUAUCAUUUUGUAAUUCCAGACAUUCUGGAAGAAGAUGAGGAAUCUGAUAGAGAUAUAGAACGGCAAAAUAUUGAAGAGCUUUAUGACUAUGUGAGGCAUGUACACCAAAAAGAGUUACAUUUUUUAAAGGAAAAUGUACAACAUUCUGCAUUGAUUCCUGUUCUCAGGCCAUAUCAAAGUGAGGCUGUAAAUUGGAUGCUGCAACGUGAGAACUUUAGAAAUAUACCUGCCAAUGAUAAUGCCCUCCACUACUUAUGGAGAGAAUUUAUUACUCUAGAUGGGCUGAAGCUCUACUUUAAUCCUUUUACUGGCUGUGUAAUCCGUGAUCGACCUGUUGCUGGGCCUCGGUGGCCCGGCGGAAUAUUAGCAGAUGAGAUGGGCCUUGGAAAAACAGUAGAAGUCUUGGCUCUUAUUUUGUCACACACUCGUAAGGAUGUCAGACAAGAUGCUCUGAUGUUACCAGAGGGGUUUUUAGUAAACUUCUUUGUUCCACCACAACCUGCUGAAGGAAGUAAAAAGAAAAACAUAAUGAAAAUGGAAUUUAUAUUGAAGGAAAAAGUCCAGUAUCCAAGUUUGCGAGUAAUGCUUUUAACAGCUAUAAAAGAAAUGAAAGUGAAGAAGGGAGCAUCCAUUGUUGCAAUUUUUAAGUAUGUCCAGUCCAUAUAUAAAUACGAUGUUCAGAGGAACCGUCGGAUUCUUAAAAGAACUCUGGAAAAAUUAAUUGCAGAGAAGGUAGUGGAGCAAGUCAAAGGCCAUGGUCUUGCUGGCUCUUUCAAGUUGGGCAGAAACUACAAGGAACAGUUGUUUUGUAACAGAUCCAAAAAACAGAAAAAGCAAACUUCAAAUAGAUCUCAGAAGAAAAAAUUGCCAGACCGUAACACUGAAAUCAUAGAAUUGAAUGAUAAGGGUGUAUGUCCUACAAAUGCUCUAAAGUUACCUCAGGUAAUAGAUAUUACAGCAGAAGAUCAUGAUUACUGUGCAACAAACAAAGAUACCAGUGAAUCAAACCUAGAUUCUAAGUGUUGCAAAACUGAACAUUCACAGUGUAGAUCAACUGACAAUAUGCUUAGAUCCAAAGAUGAGAUACACUGUAGUGUUGCUGUUCCUAAAAACAUGGAUGAAACUGAAGAGAUGCAGGAUGCCUUAGAAGAACAGUCUUCAGUCUGUCAAGAACACACUAGCAUCUUUAAACAACACCCUGGUUCUCUGUUUCCAUUCAACACUUCUGAUUACCGCUUUGAAUGCAUCUGCGGUGAGCUUGGCUUGAUUGACUAUAAAGCUCGGGUACAGUGCCUGAAUUGUCACCUGUGGCAACAUGCUGAAUGUGUGAAUUAUAAAGAAGAAAAUCUUAAAAUCAAGCCCUUUUACUGCCCCCACUGCCUGGUAGCAAUGAAACCAGUUCCUACAGGAGCAACUCUCAUCAUUUCUCCAAGUUCAAUCUGCCACCAGUGGGUUGAUGAAAUUAAUAGGCAUGUGAGAUCAUCAUCCCUUCGUGUGCUGGUUUAUCAAGGCGUGAAGAAGCAUGGCUUCUUGCAACCUCACAUCUUAGCAGAGCAGGAUGUAGUGAUCACUACCUAUGAUGUCCUCCGGUGUGAGCUGAAUUAUGUCGACAUUCCACAUAGCAAUAGUGAAGAUGGGCGCCGUUUCAGGAACCAGAAACGUUAUAUGGCCAUUCCUAGUCCCUUGGUAGCUGUGGAGUGGUGGAGAAUUUGCCUAGAUGAGGCACAGAUGGUAGAAUGCACCACUGCAAAGGCUGCAGAAAUGGCACUCCGUUUGAGUGGAAUCAAUCGUUGGUGUGUCAGUGGCACACCGGUACAGCGAGGACUUGAAGAUUUGUAUGGAUUAGUACUUUUCCUUGGUGCUGAUCCUUACUGGGUCAAAUAUUGGUGGGAUCAACUUCUAUAUCGACCAUACUGCAGGAAAAAUACACAGCCUCUGUACAAUUUCAUAGCCAAGAUAAUGUGGAGGUCAGCAAAGAAGGACGUGAUUGAUCAAAUUCAGAUCCCUCCUCAGACAGAAGAUAUACAUUGGCUUCAUUUUUCUCCUGUGGAGAGGCAUUUUUAUCAUCGCCAACAUGAGGUGUGCUGCCAGGAUGCAUUGGUGAAACUCAGGAAGAUUUUGGAUUGGUCUCUCAAACUUAGUAGCUUGGAUAGGAGGACAGUGACUUCCAUUUUGUACCCUUUGCUACGUCUGAGACAGGCCUGCUGUCACCCACAAGCUGUUCGUGGAGAAUUCUUGCCUCUACAGAAAAGCACAAUGACAAUGGAAGAGCUUUUAACAUCUCUACAGAAAAAAUGUCGGAUAGAAUGUGAAGAAGCUCAUCGCCAAUUGGUGUGUGCUCUUAACGGCUUAGCUGGUAUUCAUAUUAUUAAAGGAGAAUAUGCUUUGGCAGCAGACUUGUAUAGAGAGGUUCUACGUUCCUCUGAAGAACAUAAAGAGAAGCUCAAAACAGAUUCAUUGCAAAGACUUCAUUCUACACACAAUCUGAUGGAACUUCUGACAGCAAAUCAUCCUGGGAUAUCACCCACUUUAAGAGAUGGCAGACUUAAGGAAGAGUGUGAACAACUCCGCCAGCAUUAUAUGAGUAAAUCAAAUGCAGAAGUUGCUGAAGCUCAUCAGGCUUUGCAGCCAGUUAUACAGACAAUUCAUGAACUCCAAAGGAAAAUACGCUCCGGUUCACCUUGGUGGUUGGAUGUGAUUCAGUCAGCAAUACAGUACGCAAUAGAUGAGGAGCUUGUACAGCGGGUACAAAAUGAUCUAACCAGCAAUUACAAACAGCAAAUGAAUAAGCUUUCUAUGGCAGAUAAAUUUCGUGACUGCAGAGGACUGCAGUAUCUUCUGACAACUCAAAUGGAAGAAGUGAAGAAACUGCAGAAGCAAGUGAGAGAAGCUGUGAAAAAUCUGGAAGGACCUCCUUCCAAAGCAGUUAUUGAGGCGGCCACAAUUUGCCAUCUGCGGCCAGUAAGAUUGCCGCUAAACAAUUGUGUCUUUUGUAAAGCUGAUGAAUUGUUCACAGAAUAUGAAUCAAAACUCUUUUCCCACACUGUAAAAGGCCAGAUGGCAAUCUUUGAAGAAAUGAUAGAAGAUGAAGAAGGCCUGGUUGAUGAUCGUUUGCCUACCACCAGCAGAGGUCUCUGGGCAGCAAGUGAAACUGAGCGCUCCUUGAAAACGAUAUUGUCUUUUGCCAAAGCUCAUCGGCUAGAUUCCAAGGCAAUUGAAGAAGGCAACAUCUUCUUGGAACUUUUUGAAGCAUGGAAAAAGGAAUAUAAGUUGCUUCAUGAAUACUGGAUGGUCUUAAGAGACCAUGUCUCUGCCAUUGAUGAACUUGCUAUGGCCACCGAACGCCUCAGAAUGCGUCAUCCAGAAGAGCCAAAACCCAAUCACCCUGUUCUUCACAUAAUUGAGCCACAUGAGGUGGAACAAAAUAGAGUGAAACUUUUGAAUGACAAAGCAGUUGCCAAAUCACAGCUCCAGAAGAAACUAGGCCAGCUACUCUACCUCAAUAAUUUGGAAAAGUCUCAAGAUAAAACAACAGGAGGAGUUAAUCCAGAGCCCUGCCCAAUUUGUGCACGGCAGUUGGGAAAACAGUGGGCAGUAUUGACAUGUGGACAUUGUUUCUGCAAUGAAUGCAUAGCUAUUAUUAUAGAACAAUACAGUGUUGGCACUCGCAGAAGUUCAAUCAAGUGUGCCAUCUGCAGGCAAACAACUUCACAUAAAGAAAUCUCUUAUGUCUUCACAGCAGAGACCACAAACCAGGAGGAUGAUAUACCUGUGAAGGGAAGCCACUCAACUAAAGUGGAAGCUGUGGUCCGAACGUUAAAGAAAAUUCAAUUCAAAGAUCCAGGGGCAAAAGCUCUUGUUUUCUCAACGUGGCAAGAUGUGCUUGAUAUCAUUGCAAAAGCUUUGCAUGAUAAUAACAUGGACUUUGCUCAAAUCAAUGGAAUUCACAAAUUUCAGGAAAACCUCUCUGCAUUUAAAUAUGAUCCCAAGAUCAACAUACUGCUUUUGCCUCUCCAUACUGGUUCUAAUGGUCUAAACAUAAUUGAAGCAACCCAGGUACUGCUGGUUGAGCCGAUAUUGAAUCCAGCACAUGAAUUACAGGCCAUUGGCAGAGUGCAUCGUAUUGGGCAAACUAAACCUACCAUUGUUCAUAGAUUUUUGAUUAAAGCAACAAUAGAAGAACGUAUGCAGACAAUGAUGAAAACUGUAGAAAGGAGGUAGGUAAAAGUUGAUAAU